AUGGCUCCCAGCAAUAAGCCCGUGCGUGUCUCGGACCACGGCUCUAACCCACACUCGCAGGAGGAAGAGGCGAAAGGCGACUUUGUACAGUGCAUGGUAGUAGAUGACACAGCUCGAGCAACUGAGCGAAGGGACACAGAUAAUAAUACAGAAGGAGAAGGUGGGCGUGAGUCCCACGACGGGCAUCCUGCUGUGCAUCGCCAACAUGCUCUACUGGAACCUGAUGUUGUCCUCGGAGGUCCCGCCCGACCCUCGCCAGGACUCUUGGAUCUUGAUGAAGUCGCAGACGCCGACACUCAUUAUGUCCCUGGCGUACGUCCUGGGCUGCACGUGGCUCGGCCCGAAGCUCAUGGAGAACAGGAAGCCCUUUUUAGGACUCCGCCCCAUCAUGGUCGCCUACAACGCCUUCCAGGUCGUCUUCUGCUCGUGGCUGGUCUUCGAGGAGGCCACAUCAGCUUUAAUUGCACCAUCAAUUCUUUCAUCCACGUCGUGAUGUACAGCUAUUAUCUGCUGGCAGCGAUGGGCCCGCGUAUGAGGCCUUACCUGUGUUGGAAAAAGUACCUCACUACCAUGCAGAUGAUUCAAUUCGUCAUUGACUUCGUGCAUUCCUUCCAGAUGCUGUUCAUCGACUGCCCGGGCGUGCCCAAGUCUGCGUCCAAGCUGGUGAUGGGCCACUCACUGCUGCUGCUCCUGCUCUUCGCCAGCUUCUACAGCAAGGCAACAGAGGCAAGGGGAGCAAGGAGGCUGGAACAUCGAUAACGGACUGGAUUUUCCUAGUGGUGACGAAGACCCUUUGCUGCCAGGAAGGCGGAGGAAGAGGAAGAGGAAAAAAAAAAUGCAGCAGAUCUUUCAAGAGAUGGUGGUAGGAAGUCUUGUCGGCAAUCCAUGGCAGUGGAGAGACCAAAGAUGGCUAUGAAUAAGUUUUCUAUUUUUACAGUUUUAGAUGUGGAAAGGAUUAUCAUGACUUCUAGACUACAAAGGGACUCUGAGCAGAAAAACAAUUUGAAGAAGUCGGAAGUUUUUCUAUUUGCAGAUUUUCAGAAGAGCUGUCAAGCUCAACUGUGAAAGUGGUACAUUGGCAGGGCUGGAGGAGCAGGCUAGGUCAUUUCCACAAGCUUGAAGUUGCACCUGGGACUGAAUAAGAGCUAGAUGGCCUUCACAAUUUUUAAUGCUGCUUGGGAAAGGAUGCAGUAGGGGGAAUUAAGAGGAGAAAUGGAAGAA